CGGAACCAGACACAAACGCCACUAUGGCAGUAGUUUGUAUCUGCCGGAGAGCUACAUAAUCCCGGGCGGCGGAGGGGACGAAGGCCAGCCGGACGAUCGCUGGGGUCCCUGGAGCUCCCCUUCGGAGUGUUCUCGCAGCUGCGGCGGAGGUGUUGCCUUCCAGAGCCGCGAGUGUGACGACCUUGGUCCAGAUGGUCAGCCGCGAUGCCGGGGAGGAAGCAAAAAGUAUUUCUCCUGCAACACUCAGGAUUGCCCGGAAGGAGAACCGGAUUUCCGCAAGCAGCAAUGUUCCGAAUAUAAUAGUGUCCCUUUUGAGGGCCAUCGAUACCAAUGGGUGCCGUACACGAAAGCUCCCAAUCCGUGUGAGCUUAACUGCAUGCCAAUCGGUGAACGCUUUUAUUACCGACACAAAUCCAAGGUUACCGAUGGAACUCGGUGCAGUGAUGAGUCAUUCGAUGUCUGCGUCGAUGGCACCUGUCAGUCGGUGGGUUGUGACAUGAUGCUUGGUUCGAAUGCCAAAGAGGACAAAUGCCGUAACUGUCAGGGAGAUGGAAGCGGUUGCAAAACGGUUACCGGGUUGCUGGACAUGAACAACCUUCAGGUCGGCUACAAUGACCUACUGCUGAUCCCUAGUGGUGCUACUAACGUAAUGGUCAGUGAACGCGGGCCAUCUAACAACUACCUGGCCAUCCGUAACCUCACCGGGUUCUAUCAUCUGAACGGCAACUACCGAAUCGACUUUCCGCGUACGAUUCAAUUUGCAGGCAGCGAUUGGCAUUACGAACGAAGACCCCAGGGUUUUGCUGCCCCCGAUAAGCUGACCUGUUUGGGUCCAACGACAGAAGCCGUCUAUCUGGUUCUCCUAUCUCAAGAUCGAAACGUCGGAGUCAACUACGAAUACAGCGUAGCCUCGAAAUCGGCUCCAGUUGACGAAAGAGACAGCUAUUCGUGGACGUACACCGCCUUCGAUACCUGCUCGGCAACUUGCGGUGGAGGAAUUCAGCAUAGGAACGUUACCUGUAACAGUCGCACCACUCUGAAACAGGUCGAUGACGGUCUUUGCGAUACGGGAUCCAAACCGGUGGAAUCGCAGCGUUGUGGUCAGGAGUCGUGUCCACCUCGGUGGGCCGAAAGCAACUGGAGUAACUGUUCGAUGCCGUGUGGAGGCGAAGGCAAGCAAACUCGUGAAGUCUAUUGUGAACGUAUUUCUGGCGAAGGGGUACCGAUAACUGUUGAUGAUGCUGUGUGCCUGGAGAAGGUUGGCAACAAACCAGCCACCGAACAGGAGUGCAAUAGGGGCACCAUUUGCCCGGAAUGGUUCAUCGGAAAGUGGACACCUUGCAACAAACUUUGCGGAGAAGGAGAACAGACCCGAAAGGUAACGUGCUUCCGAAAGGAAAAUGGUCGCAUAACUGUGCUAGACAAUAGUGAAUGUCCAACGGAACAACCCGCGGAAAAGCAAACCUGUAUGCUACGACCCUGCGAGGGAGUUGAUUACAUUGCAUCUUCCUGGAGUGGGUGUGAAGAGUGUGGUUCAACCUCGGAGACACGAACGGUGCACUGUGCGAGCAAAACGGGAACAAUCUACGAUGACAAGUUUUGCGCAAACCGGGAGCUACCGGAGCUAAAGCGAGAGUGUCAGUACGUUCCGUGUGAAUAUCAGUGGUUCUCAUCACAGUGGAGCAAGUGUUCUGCUAUUUGUGGUAAAGGUAUUCAAACGAGAACUGUCGUUUGCGGAGUGUUUGAUGGUCAGUCACUGAAACGAGCCGAUGACGAUUACAAGUGUGAUGCCGAUCAGCGCCCGACCAAUGAGCAGGAAUGUGAGGGGCCUGCUGAGUGUCCAGGCCAAUGGUUCACUGGUCCAUGGACUGAUUGUACAAAGGACUGUGGCGGUGGAUUCAAAUCUCGUAAAGUGCUUUGCAUUGCAAAUGGAACUGUAGUUCCAGAGACCAAUUGCAAAAUCGAUACGAUUGAACUGAGUACAGAAUCGUGUAACAGCCAUGAUUGUACGGACGAUGAAACAAUUCCUGUCGACACCACGGCAACACCACUGGAAGAUGAUUACGAUGAUGAAGAAUGGUGUGAAGAUGAUGAGGAGUCAUCGUCCGAGUCUCCAGAUGACAUUCUUAUGGUUACCGAAGACACUUCGUUGGUUGAUGGUAUUGACCUGGAAUCAACGCAUGCAACUACAGAUUCAUCAUUGGAAACUGACGAAAUGAUGUUGAGUGAUGCUACUGGAUUCGAAACUGGAGCAACAGAUUCAGACGCAACCACGGAUAUUUCUGUAGUGGAAGGGUCAGGAUUGUUUGAUCUUCGUAUUGGUGACGAUGAUGAAGGGUCAGGUGCACCUAUCGAUUCUUCUACGCCUAGUGCCAGCGAAAGUUCCAUCAGUACUGAUGCUGGAUCAACUGACUCAACCGACAUUUCAGGUUCGACGGAGACUGUAUCUGAAGGAUCUUCUUUGGAUGCACUCUCUUCGAUCAAGGUAACCGAUUCGUCAUUAGACACAUCCAGUGAUGGAAUCGAAACUUCCUCAGAGCUGGCAGCUACAGGAUCUACAAUUUCGUCUCUGAGUAGUACUUCUGAUGACACGAGCUCUGUAGCAUCUUCGACCGUUGACGCUACCUCAGAAUCAACCGGGAUCGAUUCAACGACUGCUUCAGAAACAACAGAUGCAAGUUCAAGUACAUCUGAAACAACUGAUGCUAGUUCUACAGUCGAUACGUCGUUGUCGUCAGAUGACUCUACAACCGAUGCAGUUUCUUCAACCGAUUCUUCAACGGUUGCAUCCAGUGAAACCGUGUCAGAUUCAACAGACACCUCGACUGACAGUUCUGAUAGCUCAUCAGAUCAAAGCACAGACCAAUCUCCGAGUGGCAGCUCAACAACAGAAAGCAUUGGAGAAACUUCUGAUUCGUCAGAUGCGACAGACACGGAUUCCACUGACAGUUCCGUUGCAGUUUCUGAGGAAUCUGAUGCAACAGAAGCGACACAAUCUACAGGUCCUACCGAAUCCACCGUCACAGAGGAAACGGUAUCAACUGAGGAAACUCCUACGACUGAAGCGCAAUCAACAGAUUCUACCGUCAGUGGCGCAACAGAUGCUUCAACAGAGAGCGUUUCGGAUGUUAGUGAUCUUUCAACAGAAUCAUCUACCGACGUUGAGUCGAGUACAUUCGAUAUCUGGAUGCGAGAGGGAGAGGAUGACGAAACCAGUACGCCUUAUUCGCUUUCAACCAUUCUUUCGAAAGAACAAAAACCACGCAAAUGUAAACCGAAACCUAAGACUCCGCCACAAUGUGCAUCGUCUAAAUUCGGAUGCUGUCCAGAUAAUAAAACGAAAGCAUCUGGACCAUUCGACGAAGGAUGCCCUGUUCCGGAAACAUGUAAAGAUACAAAACAUGGCUGUUGUCCAGAUGGAGUGUCGCCUGCCAAGGGUCCAAAGAACAAAGGUUGCCCGAAAUCCGAUUGCGCUGAAACGUUGUUCGGUUGCUGUCCAGAUAAGAUUACACCUUCCGAGGGUAACGAUAACGAAGGCUGUCCGGUGGAAACAACAACUGUCGGUGGUUGUAUCAUCACGAAGCAUGGCUGCUGUCCCGAUGGAGUUACCGCUGCCAAGGAUCCAAAGAACAAGGGUUGUCCCGGAGUUGAAGAUCAGAAGAAAGAAGAUGAGAAACCAGUUGAAGAGCCGAAAGGAUGUUCCGCUUCACCACACGGUUGCUGCAGCGAUAACGUUACAGCAGCCACCGGACCGAAUGGUGAAGGUUGCCAGAUGUGUUCGACUGAACCAUUCGGGUGCUGUCCAGAUGGAAAGACCCCGGCUCACGGAUACCAUGGCGAAGGAUGCUGUUUGGAAACACCAUACGGUUGCUGUCCGGAUAACAUUAACCCGGCGAGAGGACCCAGUUUGGAGGGAUGUGGAUGCGAGUACUCACCGUACGGGUGCUGUCCGGAUAAUGCUACCUCAGCUCGAGGACAUAACAACAAGGGAUGUGGUUGCCAGUAUUCUGACUUUGGUUGCUGCCCUGACAAGGAGACUGAUGCACAAGGACCUGGCUUCGAGGGUUGUCCUUGUCAUGCGUUCCAAUUUGGUUGCUGUCCCGAUGGAAUUACAGCGGCCAAGGGUCCACAUAACCAUGGCUGCCACUGUUCCUACAGUGAGUUCAAGUGUUGUUCGGAUGGUCAAACUGCUGCCCAAGGGCCGAACUUCGAGGGAUGCACGUGUGCCACCAGCAAGUACGGCUGCUGUCCAGAUGGUGUUAACGAAGCUCAAGGCAGCAAGUUCGAAGGCUGCGAAGUGGUACCGGAAUCUCCACAGAAAGCAUGCGUGCUCAAAAAGGAUAUGGGAAGUUGUCACAACUAUACCGUCAAGUACUUCUUCGACGUUGAAUACGGCGGUUGUGGUCGGUUUUGGUACGGAGGCUGCGAAGGAAAUAAGAAUCGAUUCGACACGGCCGAGGACUGUAAGCACAUUUGUGAGGCACCGGAAGGCAACGAAAAGUGUCACUUGCCGAAGAUCACUGGACCUUGCACCGGAUACUACCCUAUGUGGUACUACGAUUCGGACAGGAACCAGUGUUCCCAGUUUACGUACGGCGGAUGUCUUGGAAAUGCAAACAGAUUCGAAACGAUCGACGAGUGUAAGGCGUCGUGUGUCGUGGACGAUUCUCAGCCACCUUGUGAGCAGCCCCAGGAUGCUGGACCAUGUAAUGGAACGUUCGAGCGGUGGUCUUACGACAAGGAACGAGAUGCGUGUGUACCAUUCCACUAUGGAGGAUGCAAAGGCAACAAGAAUAACUAUCCAACGGAAAGUUCCUGCGACUAUCACUGCAAGAAGCCGGGAGUUCACAAGCCGAGCUGCAAUCUGCCAAUGGACGCAGGUAGAUGUGACAGCAAGUUGGCUCGCUGGUACUUUACUAGGGAUGAAAAUAAAUGCAUGCCUUUCUACUACACUGGUUGUGGUGGCAAUGAUAACCAAUUCAUUUCGCUGGACCAAUGCGAAGAGCAGUGUCCACCGAAAGUCGAGAAAGACAUCUGUUUCCAACCGGCGGAGAUCGGCGAGUGUCAGAAUUACACCGCUCACUGGUACUUCGAUACAAAAGAGGCUCGCUGUCGGCAGUUCUACUAUGGGGGAUGUGGCGGCAAUGGAAACAACUUUGGCGAUGAGCAAGCCUGUAUCAACCGUUGUGUCCAUGGAGGUGAGAAACCAGCGGAACCGGAACGACCUCAUGUUCCGGAAACACCUGUACGGGAGCGCUUCGAUACCCAGAGUUGCUUCUUGGAGAUGGAUUCAGGCAAUCGAGAGUGCACAGAGUGGGAACGACGGUACUUCUACGAUCGCAGCUCAGGAACUUGUACAGAAUUUACGUACACUGGUUGUGGCGGUAACGAAAAUAACUUCCACAGCUUUGAAGAGUGUGACGGUGCUUGUGGUCGAGUUGAGGACGCUUGUGGACUUCGACCUGCGUAUGGUCGCUGCUCGGAGAAUGAGACUAGGUGGUACUACGAUGGGCGCAGUCAACGGUGCCAUUCGUUUACAUUUAGCGGCUGCCAAGGUAACGCCAACAAUUUCUACUCGGAACAAGAGUGCGAACAGCAGUGCAGACCACGUGAGCAGGUUCCUCCUGAGCAACCAGAUGUUCGACCACCAGUUUCCGUUAGCAUUUGUGAUGAGCCUUAUGAGUAUGGCACGGGAGGCGAUCCGAAGAUCGUGUAUGUCUUCAACAAGGAACGAGCAACGUGUGAGCAAAAUUAUUACAGCGGUGAAGGAGGCAACGGAAACCGAUUCUCAUCUCACGAGCAAUGCGAACGAGUUUGCGGCGAAUACCGAGGAAUAGAUGUUUGUAGGGAAGCGAAGGAUUCGGGUCCGUGUGAUGAGGAACAUCCGAGAUUCUACUUCGAUUCGCGAACGAGAAGAUGCCAUGAGUUCAACUAUAGCGGCUGUGAGGGCAACGGUAACCGGUUUGUCACCAUUGAUGAAUGCGAAUCGACGUGCUCUGGUUCUCAAGUUGACCCCGCGGUGGAUCCAUGCCAGGAAUACAUCGAGGAAUGCGAUCGCAUCCACUGCCCAUACGGAGUUGCCCGAUCGUACGACGCACACAACAAUUGCGAACGUUGCUCUUGUGAGGAUCCUUGUGCCAACACACGCUGUCCUUCUGGAACCGAAUGUGCCGUGGAUUUGCAGAGCGACCACCGAGAUGACAGCGUAUUCGUAGCUAUUUGCAGACCAACCAGUAAGGAUGGCGAAUGCCCACGUUUGGCAAAUGCUACUAUCUGUCAGGAUGCUUGCCGCACUGAUGCCGACUGUCGAAGCGAUAACAAGUGUUGCCAGGCUGGAUGCGCAACGGUCUGUGUUCCACCAGUUCAGCCUGAGGUCGAGCAACCUCCGCCCUAUGAACCGGGAGUACCAGCUCCGCCAUCUCUGGAACCGGUCCCUGAAGAAGACUUGGACAUUAAGUCCGAGGAAGGUGGCAUUGCUACACUGCGCUGCUACGCUACUGGAUUCCCGCCUCCGUCCAUCCGAUGGAAGAAGGGUGAAGUUGUGCUCAACACCAACCAAGGACGGUUUGUCUUGACAUCGAAUGGAGAUCUUCAGAUUGUGCAGCUACAUCGCACUGACAGUGGUACUUAUGUAUGUAUCGCGGACAACGGAAUCGGCGAACCGGUUCUGCGUGAGGUUAAACUUCAGGUUAACGAUCCUGUUCCACGAGAUGCCUACAUAGUAGGUACGAACAGUACAGAGGUGGUGGAACUAGAUCAACCAGCUACGUUACGCUGUCCAGCCGGAGGUUAUCCGAAACCAAUCGUAACCUGGUGGAGGGACACACUAAUGAUGCCCAUCAAGCUUAUCAAUCGUGACUACUCGCUUCAAUUCACCCGGGUUCGGAUGACUGAUCUGGGUCCGUACGUUUGCCAGGCAUACUCUGGUGCCGGAAAAGGUAUCUCCAAGACGGUUACCCUCAAAGCUUACGGCCCAGUUCAGAUCACUGAUCCGGUGGAUGAAAAGUAUCUACGUUAUAUUGUCCAUACGCGCCCUACACUUCCUCCUACUCACCGACCUUGGCCCGGUUAUCAUCCUCGACCCACUCCGCCUGCAGUGUUUACCCCUGCUCCACCGCCAACGCGAAGACCGGAACCAGUUCCAGUGUCUGCGCGACAGGAAUUCCCCUUCGGCAAUCAGUUCGCUCCGAACAGCAAUGUCACGAUUCGUUGCAUGGUCGAUGGGUAUCCGAGGCCCACGGUCAACUGGUACAAGGAUGGCCGAUUUAUGGAACCUACCAACCGUAUUCACAUCGAGGAGGACAACACGCUGCAGAUCUUUGGGGCAUUGCCGACAGAUGCCGGUGCCUACAAGUGCCUAGCAAGGAACGAACAUUCCGAAGCGUUCGAGGAGAACACCAUCCGGGUGGAAGGUGUCUACAUACCAGCAGGUUGCACGGAUAGUCCGUUCCUGGCCAAGUGUUCCCUGAUCGUUCAGGCACGGUUCUGUAACCACAAAUACUACGCCCGGUUCUGCUGCAAGUCGUGUACGUUGGCAGGCCAGCUACGUCACUAGGAUUUCGAGGAAAUUGUUUUGAUGUGUUCUUCACCACAAUGUGAAUAGCGAGCAAUGUGCGAAUGUUCCGAUUAUGUAUCUACGAGUGUGCUAUACAGUAAAUGAGUGCAAUGAAGAGUGCCAGCGUGAAUGUUGAUAACGAGCAAUAGAUUAUAAGUCUCUAUACUUUAAGUUUUUUCACGAUUCGGACAAACCCCAAAAAAAAAAAAAACGAUCGAACGAAAGUUUGAAAAUUCGAACAAAAUUUCCAAAACAUUAUUUUUAGUCAAUUCUAACUCUGCAAAGUGCAACUGUGUUAGGGCUCAUGAUUGUAACCAGAACGAUACACGUCGAAAAAAAAAACACUGGAAAC